UACGUGUUCCUUUCACUCCAAUUUAUAAACAUGUCUGGUCGCGGUAAAGGUGGUAAAGUAAAGGGAAAGUCAAAGACCCGUUCAAGUCGUGCUGGUCUUCAAUUCCCAGUCGGUCGUAUUCAUCGUAUGUUACGUAAAGGUAAUUACGCUGAACGUGUUGGUGCUGGAGCUCCAGUGUAUUUAGCAGCUGUUAUGGAAUACCUCGCUGCCGAAGUACUCGAGUUAGCAGGUAACGCUGCUCGUGAUAACAAGAAGACUCGUAUCAUCCCACGUCAUCUUCAAUUGGCCAUCCGUAACGACGAAGAAUUAAACAAACUUUUGUCAGGAGUCACCAUUGCUCAAGGUGGAGUUCUGCCCAACAUCCAAGCUGUUUUGUUGCCCAAAAAAACCGAAAAAAGCAGCUCAUAAAUUACUUCAAUUCAAAAUAAACAAACCGGCCCUUUUCAGGGCCACCAAAUUUUUUAAAACGAAAGUUAACUUAUCCAAAGUUGUCAUUUCUAAUUUAAUGGUCUACCUUUUACAUUCAGCUGUUCAAUUAAUGUUUUUGCCAAGUGAGCCACAAGUAGUCCUUGACUUGAAGUUUGAUAAAAUGCACUAUAAAUUUAUUUUAAUCAAUUAUCAGUUUACUUGACCCAAGUUAAAAGUACUGUUUUCAAUCACUUUAAUCUUUCUUUCCACUCGAACUAUCGACAUCAUACGAUAAUUCUUAACAACAAAAUAUAUCUUGACAUAAAUUCCUUAACUCUCAUUCUCCAGACCAAUUCCUAAUCAAAAAAUUCGAUUAACGGUGUAAAGAAAUUAAUCUUCAGCGGUAAUAAAUCCAACAAAUUUUACAUACUAGUAUUUCUUAGGAAUUAUACACGUUA